AAAAAGAGUGAUUUCCAAUAUGAGAUAAUUAAUAGUGUAAGGGUGUUGCAGGGAAGUUCAGACCCAAAAAGGGUGCUGUUAUUCUGAAUUUAUGGACCACCUUAACACUAGUACUAUUUUUGAUUGAUUUGAGAAAAGGUUUUGGCUUGUAUUGAAAGGUAAGUUAUCCAAUAUUAGAAGCAGAAACAAAAAAUGACUAGUCUUAGAACUUAGAAGUGAUGAGUUGUCAUACAUGAAGGUGAAAGUUGCUGAAGGUUUUUUUGUUUUUAUUUUUAACUGUGUGACAAGAAACACAUCACUUGCUUGUGAAGCAAAGAUCUCUCGGCCAAUGCAAAGGUUUUAAAGUGUGACCAUAGAAUGUUUUGUGGUCAUGGCUUCUGCUUUUGGGGACUUUCAAGAAUGCACCCUCCUUUGGUUUUUUUACUUUUUAUUUUAUGUAUAUUAUUUUAAUCUCUUCAUAUUUAUAUAUAUGUAUGUAUAUAUUGAAGUUAUAAACUUAUAAUCAUUCAUGCCUACUCUCUUAUUGGUCUGAAUCAUUUCAACAUCUGCAUUCUUCACCCUCUCUCACACAAACAUUAUUAUUACCAAUAACAAAUACCAACAACAAACAUCAUCAUAUUCCACCUCUUUUUUUGUAGAAAAAGAAGAAGAAUGAAGGGGAGAUUCUUGGGUUUGUUAAUAGCUUUGCAAGUUGUGAACUUUGUUGCUGCUGUAAUAGCAAGGAACCCUUUUCUUCCAAAUGAUCAUCAUGGCAUUUCACAUCCAGCACAUGAAAAUCCACUGGAGUCUUUAAAAGUAGAUACUACAGAAUCAGAAAAAGGUAUGUUGGGAAUAGAAGAGAGAAAGAAGCAAGUAAGAAAUGAAAGAGGAGGAGUGAGCAAAAUAGGAUCAAGUCCACCAAUAUGUGAGAACAAAUGCUAUGGUUGUGUUCCAUGUGAAGCAAUCCAAGUUCCAAACACAAGCAGCAACAAGAGAAGCCAUUUGGGGAUUCAGUAUACAAAUUAUGAGCCUGAGAGUUGGAAAUGCAAGUGUGGCCCUUCCUUCUACAGCCCUUGAAAUUAAACAUUCUUCAAUAGAGUAGUUAUAGAUGUAUUUAUUUUACAUUAUGUAAGUUGAUUUGAUACUGAGUUCUGCAUCACUCUUUUAGUUUGUUUGUAUUUUGUACAAACUUUAAUUGAUUAGUAAAGAUUUUCCUUGUGAUUACAAUCAUUGCCAA